CUCGCCCAUCUCAUUCCCGCUCCAUCUGUUAUUCAUACACCCCCACAAUAUUCCUUCUUCUGCUUUCGCCCUUGUUUAUUUCUCGUCCCCUGCGUUAUUUUGGUCCGGCCAGCUGUCAUCCCGUGACCCAGCACAAAUCGACAGACAAGCAUGGCCUUCCCCGUGUAUCUCAAGAACGGGGAUGAGGUUAAAAUAAACGACCACGUCUACUGCUCACCGCCCUGGGCGGUGCGUGACGGCACACCCUACUCAGUAGCUCGCAUAAUGGAGUUUCUACCACCAGAAGACACGCCAAAGGGUGCUGAUGGCCAAUACUACUUAUACAGCCGCGUGCGCCUCGCGUGGUACUACCGUCCGAGCGACGUCAGCGACCGCCCGGUAACAGACUCGCGCCUACUUCUGGCAGCGAUAUAUUCGGAAGUGUGCGAUAUCAAUCAGCUCCGGGCGAAAUGCUAUGUCGUGCAUCGAGACAAGAUAUCUGAUUUGUCGGGGUGGAAGAAGAGACCGGACAGGUUCUACUUCAAUCGCUUAUUUGAUCCCUACAUCAAAAAGGAAUUCGAGAUCAUUCAGGCGACCGAUGUUCGAAACCUGCCGGAUAACAUUAGGGAGGUACUCACAUCCCGCUACGAAUAUGUCGUGGCAGAAAAGGAAGUCAUUCCUGAUCUGACCGACGUAUUACGACUAUGCGACACCUGUGAGGUUUGGUGCCCCAGUCAAGACUCAGUCCAAUGUGACCGCUGCAAACGUUAUUUCCAUAUGCGGUGUGUCCAGCCUCCGCUCGUAGCCAAGCCAUCACGUGGUUACGGAUGGACUUGCGCGCCUUGUUCAAAACGGCACGAGGAGGAGGUCGACAACAGGGAAGCCCGGCCGAUCUCUUCUAAGAAAACGAAUGCUCCACCUGCAAGAAGUCGGGGACGACCGCGGAAGGACAAGACUCAGGCCGAUAGGGAGGAGAAGCUGGCCAUCAAACAUUUCCGGAUGUGGCCUUUUCGGUAUUUUGGGCAGUAUACCGUUGCUGAGGAUACUCUGGAUCCAGAAGACUUGAUCUUCCCCCGCGCAGCCACGCGGUUGGGCCUCAAGUUCCAAGCGGUCGUACCUGCAUCAUCCGACAUUGCCAUGGAUGUUGAUGAGGUGCCUGAGAGAACAGAGCAGGACGAACGAGGAGGAGAAAACACUAUCGAAGUCCUCAGCAUCAUCAACACUUUGCGUGAAAGCGAGGUCUCAGCCAUCGAGACACACAAGAAGACGCUCACAACGGACAAGAAGCUCUCCAGUUCCGUGGAUUGGUUGACAGAGGUGAUUCACCGAUUCACCACUGCUGUGCUACUCGAGCGACCACUUUCUUCCGUGGACAUGAAGUCGCCGAUGGGAACCCAGAAGUGGAAGCGAUCUGAGACUCGGUAUAUAGACAAAGAUUGGACGCCAGAGGAAGUCGCCGCCUUCGAGGACGGCAUUGCUGCUCAUGGGGCUGAACUUAGAGCGGUUCGAGAGGAGAUAGGGACCCGAACGAUCUUCGAAGUGGUUCGAUUCUACGGAUUGUGGAAGAGCACCAAACUCGGAGAAGAGAAUGCGGCCAUUCGGGAGCACGGCAGACCAAGUAGACCUCUCGGGCGAAAGCAUCAGAACCCGGUAGAAGCUGCGAACGGGCAGCGGGUGGGAUUGGCAGACGAAGAGGCGUCGGUGAUCAGCAAUCCUAGCAAGGCCCCGACGUGUGGCGCAUGCCGAACUCGGGAGUCAAAGACUUGGUGGAAAGCCCCAAAGGGCCUGUCGACGAGUGUGCUUUGCGACAGCUGCGGGACGAACUGGCGCCGAUAUGCUGAUCUCAACGUGCGUGCGAUGGUCCGGGAGGAAUCUGUGCCGGCCCAGCCGAAGAAACCUGUCCUGGACAAACGGGAAGGAACCCCUUUGACCGCACCCGUAACCAAGCGUGCAAGGACAUCUGCUUCGGCGCACUCAACAUCACCACCCGCGGUCUCAACGGCACCUCAGCUGCGAUGCAUGGCGUGCCAUAAGAACGGCGCACUAGGCAAAGUGAUUAAAUGCAAGCAAUGUCAGUUCCGAUGUCACGCCGGCAGCUGCGGAGCUGUCGUUGACCCGGACUCGCUGGAUUCCUGGCUCUGCGACGUGUGCCAGAAUGAGGCAUCGCAGGAGGCAGCGCUUGACGCUGCGCGGAAGCCUACCGAAGGACAAGGGUGGACGCACGUGCUGUGCUCUCUAUUCAUCGGGGAUCUUCAAUACACAGAUGCUGCCAGACUUCGCUGCGUGGAAGGCGUCAGUGCGAUUCCACUGCAUCGCUGGGAUUCGGUCAAAGCCAAUCGUCGAGAUACUACGACGGUCGUGACCUUCCGAGGUGAAUCGGGGAGUAUGACACCAGUCGUGUUGUGCAAAGAACACGACCACAGCAAACGCAGCAUUUAUGGGUUCUGUCAGACCAGUGAGGGCGGAGAGACUGCGCUGCAAGUCUACUCUCGCGCCUACAAACAAGCGCCCAUAUCCCAGGCGCACGGUCUUCUUCGGAAGGCCCGUCGUCUGGACACGUUGCUCGCCAGUCGCAACCAAGCCUCCGCUCUUCUGUACAUAGAAGAACCACGCACUGGGCCGGCUGAUCCCGAGUGUUACCGGUGUCACACGCAGUAUUCGCCUUUGUUCUAUCCCGUGAAAGCACCUGGGGGCGAUGCUUUCGUCUGCCAUACGUGUCAUUUUGGAGAGCAGGAAACCGGGGCUGUUGAACGUAAGGAGAACGGGCUGGCUAAUGGACAUCGCGUGGAGGACGUUGAUGUCGUCAUGGUUUCUGAUUAG